CCGGUACAUGGCCCGUACUGUGCGCGGAAAAAAAAUAGUACGAGGUACGGACACCACCAGAGACGCUUGGAAGCCAUUGGUUCGCUCCUCCACUGCGUAUUAUUGCUGCUACGCGCCUGUCCUGCGCUUGAGAAUGGAGCAAGAGAGCAGUAGUAUUAAAGGGAGAUGUCCUGCUCCUCCCCCCCAACGCGCGAAGCUCCCUUUCCCUCUUCCCUCUCUCUCUCUUUCCUCAGCUUCGAUCUCUAUUUAAGUCUCUCGCUCAGCUCGAAUCGCAUCGACACUCGUUUUAGUGCUUUUUGCAACUAAUAACAACAACAACAACACUUCAGCGGCUACUGUAUUCACUUACUCGCUUCCUUUUUUGAAUCCAUCAAACCGCCACAAUGCGUUUCUCCAUUGUUCUGUCCGGCCUCUUCGCCGCCCUGGCUGCCGCCCAGUCCAGCUCGAGCGCUGCCCAGGCCCCGUCCUCGACCGUCUCGCUGGACCCUGCUCAGGCCUCUCAGGUUGCCUGCAUCAAGGCUUGCGCCAAGGGCGACGUCAACUGCCAGGCUCACUGUAUUGAGGUGCCCUCUCCCAACCAGUCCCAGGUCAACGCCACGACGCAGUGCGUCGCCAAGUGCCCCCAGGGCAACGGCAGCGCUGCCCAGACCAACACGUACAAGCUGUGCAUUGACAAGUGCAUCAACGACCACUACUUCGUCACGUCUGAGGGCACCCCCUCGGCCACUCCUGCUCCCGGCAGCGACAACCAGGCUUCCGGCACCGCUACUGACUCUGCCGCUGCUCCUACCGGCACCGACAGCUCCGCGACGUCACGUCCACCAAGGACCAGCUCUGCGUCUGCUAGCGCCACGACCAAUGCUGCUCCUGCCAUGAUUGCCUCUGGCGGUGCUCUGAUGGGUGUUGUUGCUGCCCUGAUGGCCUUGUAAGCCAG